AAGCCGAUGAUGGAGUAGCCAAAUGCCGACACCAACUUGACGCUGUGGAAGGCGGAUCUGGGCGAAGACGGGAGCUUCGAUGAGGCCAUCGAAGGUUGCUCCGGCAUGUUUCAUGUAGCCACGCCCAUGGGCUUCGACUCAAAGGACCCUGAUGUUCGACGGCGGUGCGAGCGGCGGUGGUGUGGGCGAUCGGGUGGGGGCGACGGCGAGCGGUGCAAGCGGCGAUGACGGACGGCGCGAGCGGCGGCUGUGGGAUUCAAAGAGAGUGGAGAGACAGUGAAAGAGGGAGAGAGAGCGGGAGUGAAAAGGCACUGGCGGGAUUUCAGAAAGAAAAUAAGAUAAAAAAAUUAAAAGUAAAAUUUAAUUCUUUCUGUAAAACUUCCUGUAAAACUUUUCUGUACAAGUAGCAUAAUCCUUUAAAAACUGGAACAAUAUGAACGCCACCCAUUUCUUCAUUCAUUCCUCGCCACUGCCAAAUAACCCAAAAUGCCCUCCCCCAAACAGCUUCUUCUCCUCUUCCACGUUUUCACAGCGAUCGCCGGCCUCGCCGCCGGCCAGCCUACCCCACUUUUCGGGACAGAAUGCGUGCCCACCGGCAAUUACACCGCCAACAGCACAUACCAGAAAAACCUCGACAUGCUCCUCUCUUCUCUCUCGCCUAACAUCGAUAAGUACGGCUUCUACAGCUCCUCCAUUGGCCAAAACUCCGACCGGGCUUACGCCAUGGCGCUUUGCAGAGGAGACGUUCGGCCGGAAACUUGUCACAGUUGUGUCAAUGAGUCCAUUAGAGCGGUCACACAACUCUGUCCAAACUACAAGGAAGCAAUCGGCUGGUUCGAUAAUUGCACGCUGCGUUACUCCAACGAGUCGAUGAACGGGAAAGUGGUAACGCGUCCGGAUAUAUGUAUGUUCAACGUGAAUAACGCAACGAACAAGGAUCGGUUCAAUGAGAAGGUAGAGAACUUACUGAGCAGCCUACGCGUCAAGGCUGCCGCGGGUGGCUCCCUCCGCAAGUUUGCCUCCGGAACUGCCCUCGGUCCAGAUUUCGAAACUAUAUAUGGUCUGGUGCAGUGUACACCGGAUUUGUCGGAGCAGCAGUGCAAUGAUUGCCUGGCUCGAGCCUCGACCCUUGAUUCGAGAUGUUGUAGUGGGAUGGUUGGUGGGAUAGUUUUAUUCCCCAGUUGUAAUAUCCGGUACGAGAUUUACACAUUCUUCGAGGAGAUUCCGGUCGAUGCGCCGCCACCCAAUCCGCCACCAGCAUCGCCAGGAAAGGACAGUAAUGCAACUAAAAUAGUCACUAUAGUGGUUGUUUCAUCUGUCACUUCUGUGAUAGCACUAAUUAUCUGCCUUUGCAUCCUUAAAAGAAAGUGGAAGAAGAGGAGACCAGAGCGUAGAUUUGAAAGUGAAGCCACCACUGAAUUUAAUACUAUGGACAAAAUUAACAGUUUGGAAUCCUUGAAAUACGACUUUCACACUCUCUGUGCUGCAACAGAUAACUUUUCCAAUGCUAAUAAACUUGGUCAAGGUGGUUUCGGAAUUGUUUACAAGGGUAAGCUUGAUGAAGGACAAGAAAUUGCUGUGAAGAGGUUAUCUACAAAUUCUGUACAAGGGGAAUUGGAAUUCAAGAAUGAGGUUAUGUUAAUGGCCAAGCUUCAACAUAGAAAUUUGGUUAGACUUCUUGGUUUUUGCUUGCAAGGAAUAGAAAGGCUUCUUGUCUAUGAGUUUGUGCCCAACUCAAGCCUUGAUCAUUUCUUAUUUGAUCCCACCAAACGAACAUAUUUGGAUUGGGAAAGACGUUCCAAGAUCAUAAGUGGAGUCGCUCGAGGACUUCUAUACCUUCACGAAGAUUCAAGACUUCGAAUAAUUCAUCGAGAUCUAAAAGCUAGCAAUGUUCUUUUAGAUGCAGAAAUGAAUCCCAAAAUAUCAGAUUUUGGCAUGGCAAGAUUAUUUGUGACGGAUGAAACUCAAGGGAGCACAAAUAGAAUUGUCGGGACUUAUGGAUACAUGGCUCCAGAGUACGCAAUGCAUGGGAACUUUUCAAUAAAGUCUGAUAUUUUUAGCUUUGGUGUACUAAUUCUAGAAAUUGUCACGGGAAAAAAGAACACUUCUUUUCAAAAUGACGAGAAUUUAGAGGACCUUUUGAGCUAUGUUUGGAAAGCUUGGAAGGAAGGAACAGCUUCGAAUUUGAUUGAUCCAAUGUUAAGUUCUGGUUCAAGAUCAAUGCGUGAGAUGAUGCGAUGCCUCAAUAUUGGUUUGCUAUGCGUUCAAGAAAAAGUUGCAGAUCGACCAACCAUGGCUUCUGUUGUUCUUAUGUUUACUAGCUUAUCUCUCACUCUUCCAGCUCCUUCAAAGCCUGCAUUUUUUAUGCAAGGAAGCAUGGAUGAAAAUAUGCAAGUAGCCAAAGAAAAGAAUCCUAGUUCUUCAGGAGUGACCGAGUCUUCCCAUGGAUCGAUUAAUGAGGCUUCAAUUACAGAAUUAUAUCCUCGAUGAUUGUUGAGGAUGUCAUUGUGUUAGUGAACACAUUUGACAUUUGUAUGUUGUUCGGAGGUUGGCUAUGAGCGCUCUAGUGUAAGUUAUACUACUUAUCAAAGAAAAGCUUCUUUGUAUUAC